AUGGCAAACAGUGUUACCAAGAAAAAUAAAUUUUGUUUUGAUGCAAAUCGUGCUGUAGUUACAAAAGUAUUUUCUGAUAUCAAUGAAACUGAUUUAUUUAAUAAUGAUAAUAAUUUUUCACGACAAAUAUUCUUUAGCUAUUUAGAUCUUCUUAAUACAUAUAAAAUUCAACAGUUUUUAACAGCAUUAUCAUCAUCUACAUUAGCAGAUUCUAUACGUGAAUCGAAUAUUUAUAUAUUACUUUUUAUCCUAUCAACUUUGUGUAGUUCUGUACUCUUUGUUGACAGUGAUAUUAGCGAUCAGUAUAAUUCUUUAUUGAAUGCUAUGCGACUUCAUGUUAAUCAGAAUCUUCAAAUGAUCGUACGAUAUGUCGUUCCAUCUCUGUUACGUGCUGGAUGUGGUAAAAGUGUUAUUGAAUGGUUAAACUAUCCAACAUUAACUGAAACUGCACGUCGACCUAUAGUAAGUAUUGUACAUAACUUAUCGAGACAUGAUAAUGAUGCUGAUGAACUUAAUAAAUAUGGAGCUAUUGAAAUUAUAAAUCAAAUGCAACAACUUGAUAAUGUACGUCAAUCAACAACGUUAUUAAUUAAUACAAUGACAUUAGCUCUUCUUUCAACUCCAAAUCAAAUAAAAACUGAUCCAAAAGGAAUUAAACCUAUACUUGAUGAACUUCUUCAAAUAACUAUUCACGCAUCAACUGCAGAAAAAUAUCGAUAUAAUGGUUUUCAUGUAUCUGAACCACUUGCAGUGCUUGUUAAAUUAUUUAUUGAUGAUACAACUUUUGAUUAUGUUAUGAAUCAAGCAGAAACUAAUCCUCCAUCGAAUCUAACUUCGACAAUUAAAUUAUUUUCCGAUUUACUUAUUUCUUUUCAUGUUAAACUUAUAGAAAAAAAUCGUCUUGAACAAUUUACUUUCAUAGUACUUUUCAAUAUUCUAUGA